AGCCGCGCGCCGGAAGGAGCCGUCGCCUCUGCAAUGGCGGCGGGAGGCGGCCUGAGGCGGCAGGUGCGGCUGCGGGCGAGAGAGGCGGGGUCCCCCUCGGUGCCGGCUGGGGGGAGCCGCUCGUUCCGCAGCCGGCCCCCUUCCCGCGGGAGCCGCUCCUCCGCCCCGCGGCACGGCCGGGAGGGGCCAGAGGUUGCGGCCUGCCGCCCGGGGGAGCAGGAGCCAGUGCCGUGCGGGCACAGCGGGUGGUGAGACGCUGCCGCGUUGCUCUGCAUCAGGCUCGGAUGUGUCUCGUGCACAGGUUUCCGCUGGCAAAGGGCAGCUUUGGGGGCUGGGUUAGGUGUUACAAAAGUUAGUACAACUUCCUUACUGAAGUUACGGAGGCAGUCUGUGUAACUUGAAGCAUUUUAAGCCUAUUUAUGCCUGUUUAUACAAUCUUGCUCAAGCACAAGCAGAUAAUAGAAAAUUAGCUGAGUUUUCGAAGAUACUAAUGCCAACAAAGGACACGGCAUCAAUGAUUUUUACAUAAGGAAUAUUAGGGGUGCUCAUAGCUGGGAGGCCUGAAUGACUUUAGCUAAAUCAUUCGUAUAAUGCUUGAUGAUUUCUGUGGGUGACCUAAGCUUGUCAUCACAGUUUUGAAAGACAGAUUCUGUUUUCAGAUCAAUGGUUCAUCAGCGUUUAAAGUACCCUUCACAAAAUGCCAAGUUUUUAGAGCAUAAGGAAAUAAAUGUCCUCUUUAUUCUUUGUUCAUAAGAGGUAAUUCAUUUGUUUGUGCCUGAGGAGAAGGAGACAAUUCAGCCUUGAAUAUUGGGUAAUGAGGAUGAUUCCUUUUUGUUGUUUUCUGGAAGAAUAAAGAGUGUCAAAGAUGGGAGACAUUAAGUGCCCAAUUAGUGGAGACAUAUAAAAUGACCUGAAUUUUGUGCAGGAAAAGACUCCUUUCACCACAGGUUAGUUCCUUGAGGGAUCUAUGAUAAAUCUGUGGUAGUGUGUUCGGUACUUUUGUCCAUUUCUGGGGAAAUUCGGAGACUUCUAUGAAGGACAAAAUCCCUUAAAAUGGUGAAGUUGAACAUGCAGGUCUUAUGUUCCUUUGAAGACCUUUGACUUAGCACUGUAAGUCUGUGCAUUCAUGGUAACAUCUGUUUUUUUCAAGGGGGUUAUUUUUAAGAUAAGCUAAUAAGUAGCUCUUCCUAAAACAGGCAGUCUCUGCCACGGAAUUACUAGCAAUUAGGUGUCUGGUGAUCCUUUGGACCAUUGUAAUAGCAUUGGAGCAUUGCAACUUUAUUGGACAGUGUAAUCUGAUUUUUAUCUUCUAAAAUAUUGCUGGAGCAGUGUUCAGUAUCAGGAUGUUACUAAAAGCUGUGUUUGGUUUUAGGUUGAAUAUCCUGAUGCCCAACUUGCUGUGUUACUGGAGCAUGGUGGAGCUUGCAUGAUCACAUCAUCCCUGAGGUCUUUUUCAGAAACCGUCAUGAGGUCAUGUUGCUGAGCAAAACUUACUUGAUGCCUGAUAACAGAAGAGUAUCGAAUCACUUCGUGUCACCACUUCACAGGGGACUUUGGGUACUGUAGAUGUGCCUCUCACCAGCACAUCAUGCUGGAUGUAACAGAGGAGAUGGAUAGCCCCACAUUUAAAAGUGACACUGUACUUUCUGAUGUUCACUUACACUGUCCAAAUAAAAGACAUCUCAUGGUACGAUUGAAUGCAGUGGGACAACCAGUAUUCCUGUCGUAUUUCAAACUCCUGUGGAACAUAGAAGAUUUGUCAUCUGAGAAACAUGUGAGAGAAGCUACAACAGAAAGAGAACUCCAGUACCAGAGUGGAGAUGAACUGUGUGACAAGGAUAAGAAUAAUCUAAAAAAGGAAAGAGAAUUUAUAAAUGGUGAAGGAGUAGAAGCUCUGCUAGAUAAGGACGGAGACUUGGAAGUAGUCAGAAGACCUCGAAGUGCCUCUGAUUUAGAAGCAGAGGAUCUUUUGAGGGAUAGAGUAUAUCCUGUCAUUCUGAUGAAAGGGAAAGAAGAUGCUUUUGAAGAUGAAGAAGAAUGCACUCGCAGUGAUGUUGUUAAAAUAGAACAUACUAUGGCAACUCCCUUAGAAGACGUUGGUAAACAAGUCUGGCGUGCAGCCUUUCUUCUUGCUGAUUACAUUCUGUUUAAACGGGACACGUUCAGGUGUUGCUCAGUGUUAGAGCUUGGAGGUGGCACUGGAAUUACAAGCAUUAUUAUGGGAACAGUUGCCAAGAGAGUUUAUUGCACAGAUGUUGGUGAAGAUCUUCUGGCCAUGUGUGAGCAAAAUGUUACAUUAAACAAACACCUGAUGGAGCCAGGAAGAGGGGAAGUUAAAGUGAAAGAACUGGACUGGCUGAAAGAUGAAUUCUGCACUGAUCGUGAAGCUCCUUACAGCUGGUCUGAAGAAGAGAUUGCUGAUCUGCAUGACCACUGUACUGUGAUAAUAGCAGCUGAUGUGUUCUAUGAUGAUGACCUGACAGAUGCCUUGUUCAGAACGCUGUAUAGAAUCACACACAACUUGAGAAAUUCUUGCACGGUUUACCUAGCUUUAGAAAAGAGGCUGAACUUCACUUUAAGACAUAUGGAUGUUACAUGUGAAGCCUACAGUCAUUUUAGAAAUACUCUAAAUGAUUUGGAGAGCCUCCAAGACAGAAAAAUUAAAUAUGUUGUGGAGCCCGUUAAGCUUGAUUUCUGCCAGUUUCUUGUUUAUGAACGAAUGGAGCAGUUGGAAUUGUGGAAGAUCAUUGCUGAACAGCUAACAUGACAGAGACGUGAGAAACGGAAGAUCUUUAUCUGAGGAUAAAGGUUUUUUGUGAUGUUCUGUUAAAAAAGGAUUUUCAUCCCAAGAAAAGCAUUUUCCUGGUGGGACUGUGCUCUCAGAAAGUGUUGUUACACAGAUUUGCUUUACUUCAGUAAGUUUGGGGUUUGGCACUUAGGAUAUGGUUUCUUUGACAUUUCUUUUACAAAACUGUUUGAUGCUGAUCCUCAGCGUACGUGCUGGAUGCCGAACAGUGGCAGUGACACAGUGACUUGUUCUUUGGAAUCAAUGACAAGCUUUAGAUUCUCACAGAGAGGCACUUGACCUUUUCCAUGUGGCUGAUUUGUAGAUGUCAUACAUUUUCUUUUUUAGUUUUCUGAACACAGACACUGCUCUUGGUCUCUUCCAGGUUCCACAUUAUUUUGUAUGUAUGGGCAUUUGUGAAACAAUGGUCUGGGCAAAGACCUGUCUUUCAUGGACUUUUCUUCAAGAAAUCUCUUUAUGAAACUUAGUCCUUAAUUCUCAGUUUGUCCUAUCUAAAUCAUUCUAGUUCAGGGCUACUCUGUGAACUGAAAGGACACAAGAUGCAUUUUGUUUGAGCCUCUAAAAAUACUCCACAGAGUUCUUGGAGGUAUAUUGCCCUGCUGGAACUUUUAAGCUGUUCCCACCCAGGAUAAGGAUGGGAAGGUGCCUCGUGAAGUGAUACGCUACCGCUCUUUAAAUGUUUGUAAUUCUACCCUCAGUGUAUAUGUGUGAGGCUGGGGAGAACGAGGUGACCAGCAAUGUCUUGUCCAUACGAAUGGGGCCUUCAAUAUCUUAGCUUUUGGAUUAAAGUACAACGUAUUGGUCACAUCUCUCCUGUGUUAUUAAUAAAAACAAGAUCUGCUUGUACUUUUAAUAAA